AUGAUUGAUAUCUACAACACUGCCUCUUCUCUUUGCUUGAUCAACUCCAAUAAUAAUCUCCACCAAGCUUUGGUGCCUCAAAGGCCCACUUACUCAUUUCACAGAAAGGGCAAUCAGAGAAUAGUUAUUGCCAUGACUUCUACUGUGCCUGUAGAGCAUGUCAAUGAGGGUCAACAGAGUGUGACUGGUGACUCGUUUAUUCGUUCCCAUUUGAGGAAAUUGUCCCCUUAUCAACCCAUUUUGCCUUUUGAGAUUUUGUCAGCUCAACUAGGAAGGAAACCUGAGGACAUUGUUAAAUUAGAUGCAAAUGAAAAUCCUUAUGGUCCACCUCCAGAGGCAAGUUGUAGUUUUGAAGAUUCUGUGGAGCUUUUAGUACUUGAAGCUCUGGGAUCUUUGAAAUUCCCAUAUAUAUACCCUGAUCCUCAAAGCCGUAGAUUACGUGAGGCGCUUGCCCUAGAUUCUGGCCUUGAAUCUGAUCACAUUCUAGUGGGAUGUGGUGCUGAUGAGCUUAUUGAUCUAAUUAUGCGAUGCACACUGGAUCCUGGUGACAAGAUUGUAGACUGUCCUCCAACCUUUACAAUGUAUGAAUUUGAUGCUGCAGUUAAUGGUGCACUUGUAACUAAGGUUUUGAGGAAACCAGACUUUAGCUUGAAUGUAGAACUCAUUGUUGAUGCUAUUAGGCAGGAGAAACCCAAAUGCAUAUUCUUAACAUCACCAAACAAUCCAGAUGGGAGUAUAAUCAAUGACGAAGAUCUUCUGAAAAUCCUUGAGCUUCCGAUUUUGGUGGUGCUGGAUGAAGCAUACAUUGAAUUUUCAGGACAGGAAUCCAGAAUGAAGUGGGUGAAGAAGCAUGAUAAUUUAAUUGUUCUGCGGACAUUUAGCAAAAGAGCUGAAGCUCACCUUGUAAUGAAUGCCAUUUCAGGUUUAGCAGGACUCCGUGUUGGUUAUGGAGCAUUUCCCUUGAGCAUCAUUGAGUAUCUUUGGAGAGCUAAGCAACCUUAUAAUGUUUCUGUUGCUGCUGAAGUAGCUGCAUGCGCAGCGUUGCAGAAUCCUACAUACCUUGAGGAAGUGCCGUUCCUCACACCAUUUCCAAGCCAUUCUAAUUUCAUUCUUUGUGAGGUUACAUCUGGAAUGGAUGCUAAGAAGCUUAAGGAUGAUCUUGCUAGUAUGGGAGUUAUGGUCCGUCACUACAAUAAGAAAGAACUAAAGGGUUUCAUACGAGUAUCUGUUGGGAAGCCUGAACAAACAGAUAUCUUGAUGCGGUGUCUUAAUCACAUUUCUUGA